AUGCCCGAGUUCUCGGAGACAUCCGUUCGUAUUAUAACGGAAGCCAAUGUCAGCAACGAAACGGAAAUCAUCGUCUACGGCGAUGGGCCCUUCGACACGGAAGCCGCCAACAUCACGGUCGCCAAUGUCGCGUUGGCGACGGCCACAGUUCACGAUUGGAAGAAUCUGCUGCUGUUGGCCUUGUUUUGCAUCAUCAUUGUGGUGACGGUGAUAGGAAACACUCUUAUUAUCACUUCAGUUCUGACAACGAGACGUUUAAGAACUGUCACGAAUUGUUUCGUGAUGAGUUUGGCUGUAGCAGAUUGGCUUGUGGGCAUAUUUGUGAUGCCCCCAGCAGUGGCUCUAUUUUGGGUUGGAAAAUGGCAACUCGGAUGGGUCCUAUGCGAUGUUUGGAUAUCUUUAGAUAUUCUUUUAUGCACAGCAUCGAUUCUAAGUUUAUGUGCAAUUUCCGUAGAUCGUUAUUUAGCCGUUACACAACCUCUAAACUAUUCUCGACGAAGAAGAUCUAAAAGUUUGGCACUUCUGAUGAUAUUGGCAGUAUGGAUAUUGGCACUUGCCAUAACUUGCCCGCCGAUAUUAGGAUGGUACGAGCACGGGCGCACCGACUGCCGGUACAACCGCAACCCGGGCUAUGUGGUCUUCUCGGCCAUGGGGUCGUUCUUCUUGCCCCUGCUGGUCGUCCUGUACGUGUACGCUAGGAUAUCCUGCGUGGUCGCCACCAGGCACGACAGGCUGGGCGAAAUGCGCAACGGCGAGAAUAAUAUUCAGUUAUUUCAUCAUCGUAACAAAAGCAACAGUGUCAAAUUACGGAUUGAAAUAAUCGAUACGGAAAUCGAUACGUCCGAAGCAGACUCGACGUCGAGCCCAGCUCGCCGAUACCGCAGCAGCGCGCCUUGUCCUGGUGAACUGACCCCGAAGCAGACGUUCAAGCUGAGUACGGCCACGAUGUGCGAAUGCCAGCCGCUCAGCGAUACUCAGGUCACUCUGCACAAGACCAAAAUACAAAAUAAGCUGUCUUCGCCUUCGUACCGCGAUUCCCGCAUGGAGUACGCAACAACGUUCGCCCUGGGAUCAACGGGUUCCCCACGGUCGCCGUUCAACCGAGCGCGGCCCCUGCGCCAGAGGAUCUCCAGCCUGCGCCGGGAAACCAAGACAGCUCAAACACUUUCCAUAGUUGUCGGCGGUUUCGUGGCUUGCUGGCUACCUUUCUUUAUAUACUAUAUACUUACACCAUUCCUGGUGCAAACUGACGUCAGCGACCAGCUCAUGUCCAUACUGACCUGGUUAGGCUGGAUAAAUUCAGCGAUAAAUCCGUUUAUUUAUGCGUUUUAUAAUGUGGAUUUUAGAACGUCAUUCUGGAGGUUGACUAUUGGUAACUUUUAUAAAAGAAGGUAG